CUGUUUUGCAAGCAACAUUCUUGUACUUUUCAUGGAAAGAAUCUCUGUUUCUCCUCCCAAGUCUCAAGCACUUCUUUGCAAGACUUCGUUUUGUCUUCGUAAACCCCUCUACUUGCUACUUCAUAGCUCUUCCUGACCUUCCAAAAGACUUGGGCCUUGUGUUCUGUUCUUUCCAAGUUCCAGCCUUUCAAGGAUUGCUGUCAUUUCCUGGGAGAAUGGCAACAGAGGGCCUCGUGAGAAUGGUGGAAAACUGUAACAGUGAAAAUUGGCAUAGAUCAAGGGAGACUGCAACAUUUAGAUCUCCUUUGAAAAGUAGGGCAGCAGAGGAAAUGGGCUUCCUCUCGAACAGCCACAUAAAUCAGAGAGAUAUAGCUGAAGCCGUACCUAAUCGAAGUGGUAGUACUCCCCCGAGUAUGGAGGGUUCCUUUUAUGCUAUCGAUGACCUUUUAAGUCAACAAAACUCCAGUAUGCAGACAAACUCGACUAAUUUAAGGCCUCCUCCACGCAAUGUUGUUAGUUCCAGCACCAAUUGGAGAUUGACUUCUUCCGACGACAGUGGCAACGGAUCCUUCCAUGUCUCUCAAGGUUCUCUUUCCACCCACAAGGAGGAGCUCGAUGAGACUAGUUCGUCCAGGCAAGCUUCAGAUAAUUUGGCAGUACAUAGUACAGAAAUGGAGGUGAAGAGCACUCUAUCUUUGGCAAGCCAUAAUAAGAGUUUACUGGAUCGCAUACAGGAAGACUUCCCCCGAACUUCAUCUCCUGUGUAUAAUCAAUCUGUCUCAUCAAGUAUUGCAACAGAUGAUCAGGUUGAUGGUGAUGUAAAUUCAUUUUCACCAAAUGCUUCUUCUCCUAAUAUGCCACAAUUGCGAGAGUCGAAUUCGGGCUCUACCGGCAUAUAUCCAGAGAAAAGUUCCUUGAAUGCCACUUCUCCUCGGGCAGUACAUCCCAAUGAGAUAGGGAACAUACAUGAUGAUGAAUCAAGUAUUAAGCAGGUUACCAGGGUGGGGGGUAGUGGAUCUAUUGGUGGAGCCCAUGAUAUUUCCCUCACCAGGUCUGGAAUGAGAGCAUCUGCUACUGAUAUAAACAUUAACAAUCAACAUGAGAAACAUUAUUAUGGGUCAGGGGUGCUACAACAGCAGUUGUCUACACAACAAGGCAUGCCAUAUCAACUUCAGGCUGCUCAGAACCAAGUAGUUUCACAAGGUAUGAAUCAUUGGCAAAGUAAAAUGGAUCACCAUGGCUAUCCAAAGUUCUCUUCCAUUGAGGUACAGCCAUCACUGCAAUCACAUGGGUUCACACCUCCCUUAUAUGCUACAACAUCAGGGUAUAUGACUUCAGGAAAUGCUUUCUAUCACAAUUUUCAGCCGUCCUUUAUAUAUUCCGCACAAUAUGGUGUCAGUGGAUAUGCUUUGGGUUCUACAUUUAUCCCCCCAUAUAUGGCUGCGUACGAUUCUCAUGGUUCCUUUCCUCCUUUUGAUGCUACUUUGGGUCAAAGCUUAGAUGGUCGAGCUGCAGGUGUUUCAGCAGGAGAGAGAGUUCCCCAUGAAGGUGAUUUGCAUCACCUAAGCAAGUUAUAUGGGCAGCAUGGGCCAAUGCUCCAGCAACCUUUUCUUGAUCCUUUACAUAUGCAAUACUAUCCACGUCCCUUGGAUGAUUCAUAUGGUGCUUCAUUUCAGUAUGGUCAUUUAAGUCCGAGGGGUAUUAUUGGAGGCCAAUCAAAUGUGACUGCAUAUGCCGGUGACCAGAAAUUUCAAUCUCCAACUAAUGGGUCAGUAGGCAUUCCAAGUUUAAGAAAAAUGGGAUCCAAUGGCAGUGGUUAUUAUGGUAGUCCUUCUAACAUGGGUGGCAUGAGAAUUCCAGCCUCACCUCUUGGCAGUCCUUUACCACCAUCAUCUCCAGUAGGCAGAACACAUCACCAUGGUCAGCAAAAUGAAUUGAGGUAUCCUCAAGGAUCGAUUAGGAAUGGUGGACUAUAUACUGGGUGGCAAGGACAUAGAAGCUUUAACAACUUUGAGGACUCCAAAAGGUACUCCUUUCUUGAAGAACUGAAAUCCAGUAAUGCCCGUAAAUUUGAACUCUCUGAUAUAGCAGGGCGCAUUGCUGAAUUCAGUAUGGAUCAACAUGGGAGUCGAUUCAUUCAGCAGAAGCUCGAAAACUGCAGUGGCGACGACAAGGCAUCUGUUUUCAGAGAGGUUCUUCCACAUGCUUCACGAUUAAUGACUGAUGUAUUUGGGAAUUAUGUUAUUCAAAAGUUUUUUGAGUAUGGGACUCCUGAUCAGAAAAAGGAGCUUGCAGGUCAACUCAGUGGACAGAUGUUGCCUUUAAGUUUGCAGAUGUAUGGUUGUCGUGUGAUCCAGAAGGCUCUUGAAGUGAUUGAGGUUGAUCAGAAAACAGAGCUUGUGCAUGAGCUUGAUGGACAUAUUAUAAAAUGUGUACGUGAUCAGAAUGGAAACCAUGUGAUACAGAAGUGUAUAGAAUGCAUACCUGCAGAAAAAAUUGAAUUCGUCAUAUCUUCUUUCCAAGGCCAAGUUGCCACACUUUCUACUCAUCCAUAUGGUUGCCGUGUCAUACAGAGAGUUUUGGAGCAUUGUUCAGAUAAGCUUCAAGGUCAAUGUGUUAUAGAUGAGAUCUUGGAAUCUGCAUUUGUUCUUGCUCAAAACCAGUAUGGCAAUUAUGUCACCCAGCAUGUUCUGGAAAGGGGAAAACCCCAUGAAAUAAGCCAUAUUAUCAGCAAGUUGGUCGGGAAAAUUGUGCAGUUGAGUCAGCAUAAAUAUGCAUCAAAUGUUAUUGAAAAGUGUUUAGAGCAUGGUGAUGUUGCUGAGCAGGAGCUUAUGAUUGACGAAAUUAUUGGACAACUGGAGGAAAAUGAUAAUCUAUUGCCAAUGAUGAAGGAUCAAUUUGCAAAUUAUGUGAUCCAGAAGGUUCUUGAAACAAGCAACGAUAAGCAGCGGACGAUACUUCUGAGUCUGAUUAAAGUUCAUCUUGACGCCCUUAAAAAAUAUACCUAUGGAAAGCACAUAGUUGUUCGAUUUGAACAACUAUCUGGUGAAGAUAGCCAGAACACGAUAGCUGAUGCCUGAUGAAGCAUAGAAUGGACAGGCAAGACUAUUAUUUAGCUUCAAGGGUUACUUGGGGAUUACUAUGUUAGCAGAAGUCCAGCAUCAACUAGCUUUCCGCAAGCAAGAAAACUUGAGAUGCUUACAUGGCCUGUAUUGGGAUGCUGGUAGAUGAAUACUUCUUACUUAUAUAUAUAGUGGUUUGAUAUCUUGAAAUUGUAUAGUAUAUGUAUUGGCUCGUGUAAAUAUUAGGUUGAGCAUCUUUUGUUGUAUGUGUGCUUUUCGAAAGAGAAAAAAAACUACAUUGGUAUGUAAUAUGAUGUAAAGAGUUAUAUAUGGUUGUGCAUUAUGUAGUUUCUUGAAAUUGCGAUAUGAUUCUGUCUAUAUCAAUCUUCAGAAAUUCUUUGCAGAUAACAAGGAGAACAAUUUAUUAACAUAAUGGUCCUGAUGAUGGUAUCCAUGAGUAGAGGUUUUGAU